CCGAGGGGGAGGGGAUAAAAGCAAACCAAAUCCAGCUACCUCACUUGGAAGCAGCGUCAGGUUUCUUUUGAUCCGAUUCCCUUUUGCCCUGUUUCCCCUACAAAACAUUAUAAGCGUUUCUUCCACCUUCUGCCAAUCAAAACCCUGAAAAAUACAGAAAAUCGUUUUGUGAAGGUGGUGGAAGCAACAGUGUAGAAAUCCCCUCCUUUAUAACCCACCCCUCCCCAGUAGAAAGAAAACAAGGGACCCAACUGAAUCAGCUACAACCCUCUCCCCUUCUACCCUACAGAGAAAUAGGGCAUUUGGAAAAGGGUUUUGCCUUCGUUCUGGACAGGAGGUUAGUAGAUGGGGGUCAUGAAGAGAAUGGCUGGAAGCUCCCAGGUUCUGACCCGGCGACCACAGCCUGAAGAGUCGUGUCUUUUCCACCAAGUCUCCCCACCCCUCCCCUCGCGUCACAUAGGCAACGACACCUUCGCGCUGUGGCCGCAGCGGGAACCUGGGCUCAGUUUGCCGAGAAAACCGCAUAGAGGAAUCCAUGCUUAGAAAACAAAUUCGGCCAUACUGCAUCAGACAGAUCCGUUAGAGGGUUCGAAAAUGUUCUGGGCAGCCUGCCUGGAGAGGCUGUUGUUGUUGGACUAAAUAGUUAUUCCUGAUUGGUCAGGUACCGCGCAGGACCUCACCGCUAGCUAAGUAACUGCUGGUCUCUCAACAAGAGUGGGGGGAAAACACAGACCCGGGUUCCUACCUCGACCCUCUCCAUCGGAGUGGGGGUCCUAACCAGAAGGGCCGGUCUCUCUAAAUAUGCCCCAGGAUGACGGAGCGGCCGCCGAGCGAGGCGGCACGCAGUGAUCCGCAGCUAGAGGGACAGGACGCGGCGGAGGCCCGCAUGGCCCCCCCGCACCUAGUCCUGCUCAACGGCGUCGCCAAGGAGACGAGCCGCGCAGCCCCGGCGGAGCCCCCGGUCAUCGAACUCGGCGCGCGCAGCAGCGCGGGGGGCGGCCCCGCCAGUGGGGGCGGUGCCGUGAGGGACUUAAAGAGCCGCGACGCGGUUGCAGCCGAAGCUCGCCAUCGAGUGCCCACCACCGAGCUGUGCAGACCUCCGGGACCCGCCCCAGCGCCCGCGCCCGCCUCAGCCCCGGCAGAGCUGCCUGGAGACGGCCGCAUGGUGCAGCUGAGCCCGCCCGCGUUGGCAGCCCCCGCCGGCCCUGGCCGAGCGCUGCUGUACAGCCUCAGCCAGCCGCUGGCCUCGCUAGGCAGUGGGUUCUUCGGGGAGCCGGAUGCCUUCCCCAUGUUUACCAACAACAACCGGGUGAAGAGGAGGCCCUCCCCAUAUGAGAUGGAGAUUACCGAUGGUCCUCACACCAAAGUAGUUCGGCGCAUCUUCACCAAUAGCCGGGAGCGAUGGCGGCAGCAGAAUGUGAAUGGGGCAUUUGCUGAGCUCCGAAAGCUGAUCCCCACUCACCCACCAGACAAGAAGCUAAGCAAGAAUGAGAUCCUUCGCCUCGCCAUGAAGUACAUAAAUUUCCUGGCCAAGUUGCUCAAUGACCAGGAGGAGGAAGGCACCCAGCGCGCCAAGCCUGGCAAGGACCCUGUGGUGGGAGCUGGUGGGGGUGGGGCAGGGGGUGGCAUGCCCCCUGAAGACCUUCUACAGGAUGUGCUUUCCCCCAACUCCAGCUGUGGUAGCUCUCUGGAUGGAGCAGCCAGCCCGGACAGUUACACAGAAGAGCCAACACCCAAGCACACUGCCCGCAGCCUCCACCCUGCCCUGCUGCCUGCCACCGAUGGGGCUGGCCCCCGGUGAUGUGUCUGGGGCUGCCCAGGACCAGCAGGCAGGGGACCUUAGGCCCCUGAAUUGCUGGGCCUCAGGGCAGUUGGGAUGAGAAGCAGGGCAAUGUACUUGAUGAACUUCCCUUAUAGUCUGAACUUUGGGAAGUCCCAACUGAUCCUGGGCUGGUGUUUCUGUUUCCUGCCUGGAAACAGAAGAGGCAAACGGAGUGAAGUAGUAGGUACUUUAUCGGAAGAUGGCACAGUCUUCUUCUCCCUUUUCCAGUCCCCAAGACUUCCCACUUAGAGGCUCAAGUGUCACUGUUUUUGGUCUCGAGUUUGUGAGCCUUGUUUUGGACAAGAUCAGGGUUGUCACCCAUUACCUGAGGCAUCCAGGAGCCUCUGCCUUGCCUUUAGCCCAUCCCGAGCUGGCUGGGGUGGCUUUUGUGGCAGCUUCUGUUCAAAUAUAUAGGUACCCAAGAGCUGCCCAUUUCUUGAGCCCCAUCUUCACCCAGGUCCGUGUUGAUCCAUCCAGCUUGCCAGCUGCUCCGAAGAGUCAAGCCUCGAGGUGCCUUCUUCAGGGCCUGGUUGGAAAAGAUGGCCAGUGAACAGACAGCCUGCUCUCAACUAGCUGGGCCAGAAAACCCAACAGCCCUUCUUGCUCUGGGAAAUCGGAGCUCUGCUUUCUCCGCACUGAGACAUGCCUUCCUGUUCUGCAGCUGUGAGGACCGAGUCAGCAGCCAGGAGCAUGCUCUGUUGGGCUGUGUGUGGGCACAGAAAGGGAAAGUGACAUUACAGUGAAGCAAAGCAAGAGUGUUUGGGGCAUUGGGUUCCACCUCCUGCCCAUCACUGUUCACGAAGGGGAGUAAAUGAUAGUGUGCUGAUGCAUUGCAUGUUGGUGCUGGGGUUAUGCAGCCCAUGGGCUUUUCCUGGGAAGCUUCCUGUUGCAAGAUGUCUGUUGGCUGAUGGUCUGGACUUCCAAAUGGAGUACAAACUGUCCCAUAAAUACUCCAUUUGGGAUUCUGCCUAACAAGUUGUUGGUGGAAACUCUGGGCCAUGAUACAACCCAAGAUGCAACCUGCUGCUAGGGCAAGGGAUCCAGUCAGAAGUGAGGCCCUGGCUUGAGACCUGAGCAUGCCGAUUUGCUCAGCUUUAAGUACGCUCCCACCACGCAACUGCAGGCCCCAUGUGUGUGCAUGGUAGGUUGGUUUAAUGCAACGUGAGUGCCCCUUCUAAAAGCUGUACAUGAAAUUUCUGUAAAGCAAAUCCUUUUCCUUCAUCUUUUAAAGAAAUAGCCCCUGCAAGUCAUUUUGUAAAGUGGAGAAUCCUUUUGUAGUACAGACAACUGCCCCAUUGUUUCUUUCCUGUGUCAACCCUGGGGGUGGGACCGAGUUUUCUUAAAGCUAGGCCUGCCUAUAAUGAAGUUCAAGCCCAUGAACAAACUGCACUGAAGUCCUGUGUAUCUGCCAUUGUACCAGCGUCACCUAGAGCUCUCUCUCUCUCUCUCUCUCUCUCUCUCUCUCUCUCUCUCUUUCUCUGUGUGUGUGUCUGUCUCUCCCUUUCUCCCUAGGUUUUGCCUUUGAGUCAGAGAAAAUAUCUGAAGGCCCCACCAUGUAAUGUAAGAGCCCAUCACUUUCCUGGUUGAGUUUCAGUACCAUGAUGGGGCCCAAGUGCAGACUUAGGCAGACAAAGAUGGAUCCUGCUUCCCUCCCUUCCUAUUAAGGACUGGAGUGCCUCCCCCGCCCCUUAGGGACAAUAUGGUCAGCUACUAAGGCACUGGGAUUCUUUGUCUUAUAUCACAUUCUGCUGUCACAUGUAUUGCCAUGAACAUUAAGGUUGGUGUCUUCCCAUUGCUUGGAGUUAAUACAAGGAGUCUGACCCGUGUAAAAAGGGAACAACUGUCCUGAGCUCAAAGGCCAUGUUUACUUCUCAGUGGGAUGAUGAUUUGGGAAUGAAAAAUGUUGAUCUAUAGGUGGAUUUUCUGAGAGAGAUCACACAUCUCUUAAGCUACGGUCCCCUUUCUCAGGUGUGUAGUGUUUCUGGAAAGGAUCCUCUAGAUAGUGGGGUCUGUAAAGAGCUCUGCUGUGCACUAAGGGUGCAGUGAUGUGGAAGAGCAGCACACAUGCGGUUCUUCUGGGUUUAAUACCCAGCGCAGCAGACACACAAGCUUCAUUACCCUUACAGCUGACCCCAGAGUGGGUUCCAGGCAGAGUUCAGGCCCCGGCAGUUGACAUUUGUGUAAUUUAGGUUAUUUUCCCUUGAACUAUCAAGAUCCUCAUUUCUCUAGAUUAAACUUAAUUUCUCCCUGAUUCCAAGGCAAGAGGCAAGAGACAGGCGUGAGAAAGGGAGAGAGACUGGGGAUAUGGGCAGCACCUCCAGAUUGCUGUACUCCCUAAGGGGCUGGAAAGGAAGGGCUAGGCUUUUAGUCUUUGUGUGAUCUAAGGAAGACCCCGAAUUCUGUUCUCAUCUUCAGUACCCCAUAUCUUUCUUCCUUUGCCUCCUCCUCACCCUUGAAGAAAUGGCAAGGUCCCAAGAAUAAUAUCUGUCCAAAAGGGGAAAACGUAAGCACGAGAAAACAUUUGAGGAAAACAAUGAACGUAAGGACCAGAGAGAAUCCCACCUUCCCAGAAUAAUUCCUGUUUAUUUGUGGUGGCAAGUGACAAGAUGGUACAACCUUUUUCCUUUUCCAGAAACAAGAACAAAGGGCACAGCAACUGUAGUGAGCUGACAGCUAUUUUGGCCUUUUGGGUGGGUCUAGCCAUACUUGGGAUCCCAGUGGUACAUGACCCUCUGCAGAAGGCCUGCCCCAGCCUGUGUACAUAGCACGCCGUGUCUGUGGGCAGGCUCAGCACUUUCCGUCAGUGUCGUACUGUAUGUGAUGAACUGUGUUGGUCUCUGCAUUUUUCUGCAGGAGAGGAGUAACUGCUCCGGGUACCUUGAUGUUUGUACAGCCUAGAGGCCAACACUGUGGGCGUGUGACUCUUUAUUGGGGGGGAAACAAAACAAAACAAAACAAAAAUACCAGUGUGGUGAUGAUGGU